AAGGAGAAAACUUCCGGCGGCUGCUGGAGAGUGAGCGUCCAGCCCAGCCCAGCCUAGCCCAGCCCAGCUCAGCCCAGCCCAGCCCAGCCCAGCCCAGCCAAUCCAGCAGAGCAUCCCGAGCGCCGUCCGCUGCUCCGUGCCCGUGUCCUCGCCCGUGUCCGCGGGUCCGGGUCCGUGUGCGGGUGCGGGUGCGGGUGCGGACGAUGGUGAAGAUCAGCUUCCAGCAGGCGGCCGCCGGGCUCAAGCCCGACAAGGAGGCAGCGGCCGAUGGAGACAAUUCGGAGAUCCUGCUCCCGCACUGUCUGGAGGAGCCAACUCCACCAGCCCAGACCCGGAAGUCCUCUCUCAGUGGGAUAUGCUACUUGACUAUGGGCUUAAUUGUUUUGCUCCUGGGACUUGUGUUUGCCUCCAUGUAUGUCUACAGAUACUUCUUCAUUACCCAGUUUUCCCAGCUUCCUCGGGAGAGUGUGUUUCACUGCGGAGUGCUCUAUGAAGAUUCCCUCUACUCCCCCUUCAAGGGGAAGCUGGAGCUGCAUGAAGAUGUGAAGAUUUACAUCGAGGAGAACUAUGAGCAGAUCAAUGUCCCCGUGCCCCAGUUUGGGGGCAGUGACCCAGCCGACAUCAUCCAUGAUUUCCAGCGGGGGCUGACAGCUUACCACGACAUAGCCUUGGACAAGUGCUAUGUCAUCGAGCUGAACACCACCAUCGUGAUGCCUCCGCGUAACCUCUGGGAGCUGCUGGUCAACGUGAAGAAGGGAACCUAUCUGCCGCAAACAUACAUCAUCCAGGAGGAGAUGAUUGUCACAGAGCAUGUCAGUGACAUGGAACAGCUGGGCUCCUUCAUCUAUCGCCUGUGCAGUGGUAAAGACACGUAUAGACUGAAGCGGAGAACCACAAGAAGACGCAUCAACAGGCGUGAAGCUGGAAAUUGCAACCACAUCCGCCAUUUUGAAAAUACUUUUGUGGUGGAGACUGUGAUCUGUGACAAAUCGUGAAAGCCCUCAGCCAGUGUGUCCUCCUUUGCUUUUGCUUGCACACACGGAGCCUCUCCUUAGAAGUGAUGUGUCUUACUUUUCUUUGCCAGUCCUCCCUGAUGCUUGUACCACCCCGUAACCUCUCAGCUCCUCUGUCAUCACUCAUUCACCCUUCUUGCGUCUCUCAACUGUACAUACCACCGACCUGAGACUCGCUUUGCUGGGCUUAAAUUUACCUAGUAAUAUGGAAACAAUUGCAUACCAGGCCUGGCUUCUUGGUUUGAGCACUGUGGUGGAGGGUGUCUUCAGCAAUUCAAUCCUCGUAGGGCUGGAGAUAGGGUCAGAGGGGAAGGGACAGUUGAGUCACUGGGGAGGGGUUCCCUUGGGUCUGGUGCUUUAACUUUCUAGACCGUGACCUCGACUUAGGCCCCGUGUCCUGGGAGAAACAGCUGGGGAAAAAGCCAACAUAGAAAAAAGGGACACAACCUUGGAAGGGAGGGAGUAACAAGAAUCUUAGAGCCCAAUACUAAUUAACAUUCUCGGGGUUAUAGAAACUGCCACCCAGCAGAAAAGUUUGAGAUGAACGAUUUCUAGCAAAAUUCAAGCCUGGCGGUCCCCAACUGGGCCAAACACCUCCACUGGGUGAAGCAGGAUGUUCUGACAUUCAAGGUCUCCCACACUGCCUUCAACCCUGCACAAGAAAGACCCCACUGCCAGUUUCCUCAGUGGUACUGUAGCACCUCUACUUUGAAGUAAUACUAAAGUAGUCAGCUGCUUUAGGUGCCCACCGGCUUCUUCCCUGGGGCCAGCAGGGCUGAUUUCUUCAUUUGAUUUUUGGAAGUGAAUCUUCAGUGCUUUCUGAAGAGAUGUUCUUGAGAGAUUCCCUCGGCAUGUCGGGUUUUCAGCCUGUAGCAUGCAGGCCUUAUCUGCAAUGAUUGUUUCCCAAAACGCUUUGAGUUCUGGCUGCCGUUAAAGCGGUGGUCCUGUCCCCACUGCCCUAGGUUGGAACUGCCACUCUUGAGUGGCUUCCAGGGUGAGGUUAUGGAACUCUUUGAGCCUUCCUCCCCAGGAAGUCAACCUACCUACCUACCUCCCUGCCCUGUACCCUUUUUCCCUUGGAUCACAGUAUUAGUAAUAAGAUUUGUUGACCACCCACUAGAUGCUUGAGAAUUACAGAAUAAAGAAAUGACCUGUUCCCUGCCUACAAGGAGGGUACAGUCUAGUGGGGAAGACAAGCAUAAACAUAUUUAUAUCUUGAAUACUCAAAAUAAAUAUGUAUUUAUGUGCAAACAAUGGUUAGUGGCCUUUGCUACUAGCCCUCCUCAAGAAUUCUGCCAUCCCUCUCCCAGGGGGACCCGGGCUGUGAUCCCAGACAUUCUUCAGGGCAGAAACUGCAGUCUCCCCGGCAGAGCAUGGGCUGCUAGCUCCUCACACGCUGCUUGCUGUUCCCAAAUGCAGUGUUGUUUCGCAGUUAAUGAAUUUUCUGCAGACGCUUCUGCCCCGAUCCAUAUUUUGAAAACACUCUAAAUGAGUCCAUAAAGAUGCUGGAUUUUGCCCACAAUGUUUCAUUUUUGAAAUAAGGAUUACUUCUCCCUUCUUUUAAAAAGUUAAAAUAUAGUUUGCCAAGCAUUAGGCUAAAAGAAAUAGGAGAAGUUGUAAUUAUAUUUGACCUUGGUUCUUCCAUUAUCCUUCUGCAAAUGAUGUGACUAUUUCAGCUGCCUACUGCCUCCUGAAAUAUUGGAAAUCUUGGCAGCAUCUCCUUUUUUUUUUCUUUCUGUGGGGCAGGGGAUGAGAGAGGGCAGAACAGAGAGCACAAGUCUUAGAAUUUUCUCUAGAACAUUCCUAUUUCAUAGCUCUUUGGUCAGCUUAGUCUGCCAGUUUGCCUGAAAGAGCCUGAUGUUUCAAAGAAGGGAGCAAUGAAAUGGAAGCAAGUACAAUCGCCCAUCAAACCCAAAGGACAGUGACCUCUAUCCCUCAGUUUGUUGUGCCUUAGGUCCCAAAAGGAGUGGCAGAAUGGGGAUGGGAGGGCCUGAGGUCCUGGGAUGAAAUUCAGAAUGAUUAUUCCUUCCAAGCCAAAAGCCCCUCUGCCAUAGAAUGUUGAUGACUGGGUAGCAGCAUUUCCACUGGUGACUCAAUUGAGAGAAAGAAAAAGUGCGAGAGAGAGAGAGAGAGAGAGAGAGAGAGAGAGAGAAUGUGUGUGUGUGUGUGUGUGUGUGUGUGUGUGUGUGUGUUUAGAAUGGAUCAGGUUGAUUGUGAAACUGAAUCCAUCCAGAGAUUCAGACUUUGAAGAAUGGGGAUUUCUCAUCUGGGUUUAGAGUAACGCUGAAUGAUUUGCAGGAUGAGAAAUAUCAGAGUCAGGCAUUUCAUGGUGAUGAAUUGUAAUUCGGUUAAGGUCCCUAGGUUCGGAGAGCUUCUUUUUGAUUUACAGCCAUUGUUUUUUUUAAAAGGAAACAAAGGAAAGAAAAAGCCACCUCCUUAACGCCAUUAUACAAACAAAACUGUAUGGAAAUCAUGCCCUCAUGCCCGGGAACCAAGGGGCGGGGGAGGGGGAAGGGGAGCGGGAGCAGAGUGGGGAUCAUUGGGAGCCUGAAGGGAUUGCGAACCAACCAACUGGUAAAUUUAAGCCCUGAACUAAUUCUUGCUUGAGGAAUUUCAUCCCACCGGUCUCCUGGUGGAAGCUCCAAAUUUUCCUUUUUCUUCUCAGUUGUGCAUGAUUUACCUGGUCAUUGAAUAUGCUAAACACAUGCAAUUUCCGAACCUCAAGAGUCGGGCCUUGGUUCUUCACCUGAACUAAAGUAAUCGUGAAUUCAUAAGGGCAAAGCUUGCAGUUGUUUAGAAAUUAAACUUUAAAUGCUUUGUAUAUUUUGUCUGUUAGAUACCUUUUAAGAAGUGUUCAUGGAGAAAUAAAGUCUUUUACCUCUGACCGUAGAGGAGGAAUUUGA